CAUCGAGUAGUGCCGCUAGUUUAGUUAAGUGCGUUUGUGUUGAUAUUAGUCAGUGCACUGUAGUAUUUGUUUACUGCAUGUAUGCCCUUUAUAGGAUAUGUGCAGUCGAUCCAAUUUACAGUGUAUAUGCUGCAAUCAGUUGCUUGGAGACGACCCGCUUUGCUCAGCCGGAGGGUUGUCUGGAUUUGUGUUGUGUGUGCGCAAAGUGCCUGUAGUGGGUGGCAACGGCGCCAGUUGCUGGAAGAUUGGCAGGCGCGACUGUGAGGCAGCUGCGUUGCCUAUGUUGAGGGCCACCUCUGAAGAGGAUGAGUGUGUGGCAGCGUCAUUUGGUGGAGCGUCGUUGCGACGAGCUGCAUCGUUGCGAAGAGCCUCUUAUCUGCGUCGGGCUGCUAUUCUGCGAAGGUUUUCGCUUGUGUUGCGUGUUGAAGCUGGAUACGAUCUAGUGAGCCUUGCACUCACAAUAUUGCGACUGUGCUCACGGAAAGUAAUCGGGCCAUACACCGGAGGAUGACGGCGAAGAUAACUAGCACGGAAUUCCGCAUCUUCUUCAGCUUGUCUUCGCUGUUGUCGCUGAGAGCGCAUUUCAAUUUCGUUAGCCAGGUGAGUAUUUACGAGGCUAGAGUAUCUGGGCAUUGUUAGUCGCUGUGGGACAAACGGAUCAUGGGCUAUGCUUCUAGCCUCAUUGUUGCUAUGUACUCGUAGUCGCUCGUAGUACUUUGAGCAGAUAUUAUUAAAUUGCUCAUCCACAGAUAAGACACCAAGUUCAGAUCUGAUGCGAGCAUUUGAAACAAA